GAGGACGGCACUGCCGCCCCGGUGGGGAGCAGGCUGUGAAACCGGUGGUCGUCGCAGCUCCGGAGAGGGAAGAUAACAUUUUCGUUUGAAAGGCAGAGGGAGAGAGAUCUCCCUCUGUUGGUUCACUCCCCAAAUGCUUGCAACUGCUGGGGCUGGGCCAGGCUGCAACCAGGAGUCAGGAACUUGGUCUGGGCCUCCCACCUGAGUGGCUGGGACCUAAGUACUUGAGCCCUCACCCGCUGCCUCCCAGGACACACUGGGAUCGGGAGUGCACUGGGGGCUGGAGGCCUCCUUGUCAAGUUGUGCUUCCUGCCCAAGGCUCAUCUGCUUCAGCCUGCUCUCCAGUCAUGGCCUCCCCAGACACAAGAAUAAAUGAGUCUCCCAUCUGCGUUAGUUGGGAUCUCCUUUCCCUAGUAGUUCUCAGUAGUGGGUAGGAACUGGAAUCACCUGGUGAUCCUGGUAAAGUGUGCAGGUCCGGCCCCCCAUCUGCUGCAAAGGGCCUGGGUCCCUCACAUCUCUGAGGCCCCAGGUGAUGCCAAUACCUGGCUCCACUGCACGGCUCUCCCCGGGCAGGCGUUGCUAAGCCCUUCUCUGGAAAGCUGCAAGGAGAGGCUAUUUGAGGGCAUGGGGAGCUCCUGGGGAGAGUCCCGCUGGAAGGGAAAAGGUGGAUCCUGUUAAUUAAUUAUCCCUCAAACCACCUGUCCUUAAAAGCAGGGCGUGCAGGCCAAGGUGGCGAGCGAGCUUAGCGAGAGGAGAGGAGCUGUGAAGCAGGUCUCUGAGCCCUGGAGGCCAAGGACAGUUUACUGGGCCACGGAUUUUAGACUAAAGAGACAAGGGUUCCAGCUGGCCUGCUGAGGCUAAUACAAAUACCUGGAGGAUGAGUCACCGGCCAGACACCCCCACUGUCCCCCGUGGCCAGACAAGGAGCCAGUUCCUGAGAGAGCAGAGGGUCUGUACCGACCUUCUGGAGAUGAUCCGGCACUUACAGCAGUCCCUGAAGGAGCACUUUACGCAGCUGACAACCUGGCAAAUGCAGGGGCUGUUGUCGUUGGAACAGAGGCACUCUGGAGCCAUCUGUAAGCAGGAAGACCUCCUCGAUGACCUGAUGUGCAAGAUGGUCAACCUGCUGGGGUCUGAGGCCGUGAGUGGCCUGGGGCUCCGCCCGCCUCUCCCUGUCCUGGAUUCUCAGGCUGCUAACAGGGGUGUGCGGAGGGUAUCAUCACCUCAGCAGGCUGACCAGCCGGUUCCCCAGCAGAGGGACUCAGAAGCCACACUUGUCAGCCAUGACCUCUCCAGCCGUGGAAUCGAAAUCUCUGUCUCUUACCACCUGGACUUCCAGGACUAUGAAGCCUACCAGAGAGACAAAUACCACAAAGUCAAGAACACCUUGGGCUUCAUUAACCUUGGCACCAGUGAGAACAAACUCUGCACCUAUCUGCUGACUGAAAGGCUGUGCCGGAGUGACAUGAACCGCAUGGAGAACAUCCUACUGCAAUAUCCUGAUUGGAGAGGGCAACCCUUCCUGCGGAAAGAAGUGGCUUGUUUCCUGACCGACUACUGCCAGGCUCCGUCUCCCCUUGAUCCCGAAAACGUGGUUAUUCUUAAUGGCUGCUACUCCAUCUUCUCUGCAUUGGCCAUGGUUCUGUGUGAUCCAGGGGAAGCCUUCCUGGUCCCCACCCCCUUCUUCGGUGGCUUCAUCUUUAGCUCCAACCUGUACGCGAGAGUUGAGCUGAUUCCCGUCCACCUAGAGAGUGAGGUCUCUGAGAACACCCAUCCUUUUCAGCUCACUGUGAACAAGUUGGAGCAAGCCCUGGUGGAAGCCAGACUGAAGCGGAAAAAGGUCAAAGGCCUCAUGCUCGUCAACCCCCGGAACUGUCUGGGUGACGUCUGCUCCCGGGACUCGCUGCAGGAAUACCUGGAAUUUGCAAAGAGGAACCGCCUCCAUGUGAUUGUGGAUGAGAGCUACAUGCUCUCUGUGUUUGAUGGAUCUGCCACAUUCCACAGUGUCCUGAGCCUAACCAGUUUGCCGGACCCCAACAGGACUCAUGUGAUCUGGGGAACUAGUAAGGAUUUUGGCAUCUCUGGCCUUCGCUUGGGGGCUCUAUACACCCACAGCAAGGGCGUGGCCUCUGCUGUGUGCUCCUUUGGCUGCCUCCAUGGUACCUCUGGCGUCACCCAGUACAAGCUGUACCGACUGCUCCAGGACAGAGAAUGGAUUGACAAGGUAUACCUGCCCACUAAUCGCUCCCGGCUCCAGGAUGCUUACAAGUACAUCACUGACGAGCUGAAGGCAUUGGAGGUCCCCUUUCUCAAGGGUGGCUCUGGGCUCUCUGUCUGGGUCAGCUUGAAAUCGUACCUGGAACCAUGCACAUUUGAUGGAGAGCUGGCCCUCCAUCGGCGCUUCCUAGACAACAAGUUGGUGCUAUCACGUGGCAAAAGCUUCAGGUGUGAGGAGCCUGGCUGGUUCCGCCUCACCUUUGCAGAGAAACCUUCCGAGCUGCAAGUGGCCAUGCAUCGGUUCCGUCAGGUGCUAGAGGAGCAGAAGCAGGAAUGGAUAGUGAAGCAGCUGGCGGACGCCAUGCGGGAGUAGGCUGCCGGCUUCCCAGCCCACGGCUCUCCCCGGUCACCUGCUCGGGGGCCCGUGGUCAGAGAGCGGCCUCUGGUCCUGAAGGCUGGGGUACUGGACUGUGGCUGUGACUGAGCAGAUGUGGGCUCCUCCGGGAACGGCCUCAUCUGACCCGCCAUCAACCUCCUCAAGCUGAGCACCUGCCAGCUUUGGGAGCUUAGCGGCUUUUUAGUCUUGGCAGCCAUUUUAUAUACAAAAACGGUGUUUUUAUUGGGGUUGGGAUGGGAAAGCCUGCAGGCACCUGGAUGGACAAAGGGAGCUGUCUGGGUAUCUAUUUUAGAUGGGUUCAGUUUUUAGAUUGACUAUCUAAUAAAUUCUGUAUUCUCUCAAAUUCCGGGACGUUUUCCUACUUACGUUCUCCAUGAACGCCUUUGGGGGAGAGACUUCUGAGUUCUGAGGCAGGUUAUGUAUAAAGUUUGCUGUCAGGGCAGUAGAGAAGAGAUGGAAAGAAGCAGUUCCUAGUGGAUGACACAAUUUCCAGGUGUUGGCUGCCAGGUUCCAGAGAAUUCUCACAGGGUCACACCCACCGUGGCGGUGGCGGCGGCGGCAGGGUGUGUGUGUGUGUGUGUGUGUGUGUGUGCACAUGUGUAAUUGCAGGCACUUUUUCCAAAGCAGAGUUCUUUGCACUUCUGUAUUUCCACGAGGCCUGAACAUGACUGUGCAGUGACAAACUUAGUGUCUUGGCCUGUUCGUGCUGCUCUGACAAUACCAGAAACUGGGUAGCUCAUAAUCAACCGACUUGGCUCAAGUCCAAGGUCAUGGCCCUGGCAGAUUCAACGUGUGGGGAUGGCCUGUGUGUUCUCUGUCCCCUCCCAGGGCAGGAGGGCUGAGGAGUCUUCCCUCUGCCUGCAGGAGCCAAUCACGCCUGCCCAAAGCCCUGCCUUCCUAAAACCAUCGCCUCAGGAGUAAGGAUUUCAAUACCUGAAUUUUAGGGGCCAGGUAAACAUUAUGUUCCGAGCACCUGGGAUCUUCCGUUUCUAUCUCGAGUGUUCUCAGCUGUUCAAGUCAUACCCACCCCUGCGCAUCUCUGCAGCGCCCUCACUCUGAAGCUGUGGGAUGGGCAGAGCAAGGGUUACCUUUGUAGAGGACUGAAAAGCUCUCAGAAUGCGAGUGUUUGGCCCAGCAGCUGAGACAUCACCUGGGAGGCCCACACGCCUCUCUGAGUGCUUGGGUCCGAGUCCCAGUUCUGCUUCCAAUUCCUCCUUCCUGCUGAUGCACACCCUGGGGAGCAGCAGGUGCUGGCUCGAGUACUCGGGUCCCUGCCACCCACGUGGGAGAUCAACAUUGAGUUCUGGGCUCCAGAUGUUAGCCUGACCUGGCCCUGGCAUCUGGGAAGUGAACUGGCAGAUGAAAGAUCUGUGUGUUCUUGUCUCUCUGCUCUUCAAGUAAUAUGAAAAAAAAAAAAAGGGUAUACAAAAACAAGACUAUGCUCCUCAGGCUUACGUGUGGUGUUUUGGGAAUUCUUUAAGAUGGUGAGAUGAUCCCAAAGUGUUCCCACGUGGGGGUAUUCGUGCAUGCUUUGAGUGGAGAAGUUAGCAGCAGAACUGACAUACAUGAGGGUACUUCAAGAAGUUCAUGCAAAAAUGGAAUUUGGAGGUUUUCUUGGUGCAAAUGAAAUUUUGACAUCCAUGCAUAAGUUCUCCCUAAGAUGCAUUUCCCAUGAACUUUUAGGAGACCCUUUGUAUAUGCUCCCAUAUGGGUGCCGGUUCAAUUCCCAGCUCAAGUUCAGCUCCCUGCUAAUGUGCCUGGGAAAUCAAUGGAGCAUGGCCCAAGUCCUUGGGCCCCUACGCCCAUGUGGAAGGCCCAGAAGAAGCUCCUGGCUCCUGGCUUCACGUUGGCUCAGCUCCAGUAGUUGCAGCCAUUUGGGGAGUGAACCAGCAGGUGGAAGACCUCUCGCUCUGUCUCUACCUCUCUAUGUAACUCUGUCUUUCAAAUCUUUAAAUAAUUUGUGCCUCAUGUAAUGGCACAGAUCAUAAGUGUACUAUUCAAGUUUCAAAACUUAUAGUCAGGGACCAGUGCUGUGGCAUAGUGGGUUAACGCCCUGACCUGGGGCACCGGCAUCCCAUAUGGGCACCGGUUUGAGACCCGGCUGCUCCACUUCCAAUCCAGCUCUCUGCUGUGGCCUGGGAAAGCAGUAGAAGAUGACCCAAGUCCUUGGGCCCCUGCACCCACAUUGGAGACCCAGAGGAGGCUCAUGGCUUCAGAUUGGCACAGCUCUGGCUGUUGUGGCCAACUGGUUAGUGAACCACCGGAUGGAAGACCUCCCUCCC